AUGCUGCUGCAGAUGCGCUUCAAGUGGUGGGAAGAUGCGAUCAAUGCGAUGUACAACGGAACACCCCCAGACCACCCUGUCAUUCAGGCAUUGGGCCAUGUGUUAAAGAGCCGGCACUUGACAAGGUACAGGAUGCGCAGAAUUGUGACCACGAGGCAGAAGGAUGCGCUCCAGCUGGAGGCUCCGGCAGACCUGGCCAGCCUUGAGCAGUACGCCAAUGGCACUGCAGUGCAGCUGCUGCUGCUUCAGCUUGAAGCAAAUGGAGUUGGAAACCUAGAAACGGAGAAAGCUGCUGCCCUUGUCGGCCAUGCUGUUGGCAUGACUAACCUGUUGAGGGGGACGAUCCACCACGCACAGAGAGGCAGGGUGUACCUCCCCCGUGACCUUUGCGAUCAACACCAGGUGAUUCAUGCGGAUAUUCUUCGUGGCAAGGACUCUGAAGGGGUGAGGAGAGUUGCAGAAGCUGUCUCGAAAGCAGCAGAAGAAAACAUCAAAAAGGCCAGAGAGCUGAUGCCCGCCAUCCCUUUGGAAGCCCGGCCUCUCUUCCUGCCAGCUGUGGGCUGCGCUCUUUUCCUCUCUGCCUUGAAGGCAAGGGCAUACAAUGUGUUCGAUCCAAUGUGGACCAAAAGUGGAGUGUCGCCCCUGUGGCUGCAGCUGAACCUGAAGUACCAUCUUGUAAGGGGUUCGUUCUAG